GUGGUCUGUUCUGGUAAAUUGAUCAAUGAGCAGCUGUGUUCUUCGGAUCCUUCAUUUGUCAUCGUAGGUCUGUCAGCACUACCAGGACGCUCAAAACACACACAGACACACCCACUACAUCAACGACACAGAGGAAAUGGCUAUGAAGCUGGGCUGCUGCAUUGCUCUGUUCUUCCUCCUCGCCAGCGUGGCUGUCAUCAUCGCCAUCUCUGUGAUCCAGGGGUGUAACUGGACUCAUGAAACACCAGGACUCAAGUAUGGCAUCGUGGUGGAUUCCGGCUCGUCUCGCUCUACUGUUUACCUUUACCAGUGGCCCGCGGAGAAGGAGAACAACACAGGAGUGGUCACUGAAAACAUGCAUUGCCAAGUUGCAGGCCCUGGGAUUUCGGACAUGAACGUAGAUCCAGCUCGGGAUGUGGCAUCCUGGAAGGCUAUCAGAGCCUGCAUGGCCAACGUCACCAAGGCCAUCCCUCCAGAACAGCACAGUGCCACCCCUGUCUUCCUGGGGGCCACCGCAGGGAUGAGGCUACUGCAUGCACAGAAUGAAGAAGCGUCCAAUACAAUCUUGCAGAACCUUAGGGACUAUCUCAAGUCCCUACCAUUCAGUUUUCACAACGCUUCGAUCAUCUCUGGACAGGAAGAGGGUCUGUAUGGGUGGAUUACCGUAAACUACCUCAUGGGGAAUUUCUUGGACAAAAACCUCUGGAAUGCCUGGGCACGCCCUCAUGGAGCAGAGACACGAGGUUCCAUGGAUCUGGGCGGGGCCUCCACACAGAUUGCCUUCGCCGUUCCUGAGGACCUUACAGGACAGGACUACCUCCCUGUGACGCUGUAUGGGUAUGACUACAACAUCUACACACACAGCUUCCUGUGCUACGGGAAGAACGAGGCGGAGAAGAGAGUCCAGGCUGCUUUAGUGAAGUCCUCGAAAGACCCAACCACGGUGGUCCACCCCUGCCUUCCACGAGGCUUCAACCACACCAUGCCCGCAUCGUCCAUCUUCAACAGCGAGUGCACCGAGGCUCCGGAGGGCUAUGACCCCGCUCUGAGCAUCACCAUGGUGGGAGCGGCCGACCGAGACGCCUGUGGCGACGUUGUGCGCUCCUUGUUCAAUCUGUCCUGCAUGGGGAACUGCUCUUUCAACGGGGUGGAGCAGCCACCACUGUCUGGAGGUUUUAUGGCGUAUGCUGGUUUCUACUACAGUGCUGCAGCUCUGUACCUGAAUGGCACUUCCACCCUUGACACAUUCAACUCCACCAUGCAGGAUUUCUGUGCCAUGGACUGGCCCACAUUAAAGAAAGAACGGACGUGGAUUAGAGACAAGUUCUUGAAAUCCUACUGUUUCUCUAUUACCUACGUGUACACUUUACUGGUGGACGGAUACAAGUUCAAUGAAGAAUCCUGGAAAACCAUUCAGUUUCAGAAAGAAGUGAAGAACACCAGCAUAGCAUGGAGUCUGGGGUACAUGCUGACACUGUCCAACAUGAUCCCAGCAGAGGCCAAGCUGGUCCGCCUACCCCUGAACACCCCUCUGUUUGGUGGUCUCCUCUUCCUCUUCUCGGCCCUCACCAUCGUCAGUGUCAUGUUUCUCCUCAUCAAGCUGCGCAACAAAAAGCGAUAGUCCAGGUGAGAGGAAUGCAGUGAAGACACACUGAAGGACCUUGGAAUGAUGGACUGUUGAGCUACUUGUAUAUUGAGUAACAUACUGUAAUCUUGUAUGAAGACGGCAUGGUGCAUACUACUGGAAGAACAUACUAUUGUGCGUGUUUAACUCUUAGUUUGAUUCAAUGGUGUUAUUGGUGAUGCCGUGCAGCCCAAGAAACUGCAUGUUUAGUAUGAAUUGCAACCAUGUACCAUAAUCGUAUAGGUUGAAUGGACUGUAUGAUGUAUUAUGCACUCUAAAUAAACUGAAUAUGAUA